UUUCAAAUCAGCGUGCACAACGCGUAUCCGUAUGCCACACUCUUUUUAUAUAUAUAUGUAAAUAUGGCCCCGGGUCUAGUGGAAGAGAAGAAUGAAGAGCAGAUAGAGACUGUGCCAAAGAGGCUUCCAAAGGGUGUGGUGUUAGGGCCGGACGGGAAGCCCUGCCGCUCCUGCACCUCUGUCGCUUCCUGGUUCGCCAUGGCCAAAAAGUCGCCCGCCAGUACCAGUUCCACCACAACUACUACCGCCACCGCCGAUGUCCCUACCUACCCCCCCGACUGCCCCCCAGACGUCGAACAACUUGGUCGCUCCUCCUGGACCCUCCUUCACUCCAUAACAGCGUCCUACCCUGUCUCCCCCUCACCACAACUUCAAUCCGAAACCAAAACCUUCAUCCACACCUUCUCCAAGCUAUACCCAUGCUGGUACUGCGCCUCUGACUUCCAGGCCUGGAUGAAGGCAGACGGAAAUGCACCAAGAGUGAGCUCGCGUGAUGAGUUUGGGAGCUGGAUGUGUGAGGCGCAUAAUGCAGUGAAUGUCAAGUUAGGCAAGAAGGAGUUUGAUUGCGGGAAGUGGGAGGAGAGGUGGAGGACUGGGUGGAAGGAUGGGAGAUGUGACUGAGCUAUCUACCGCCAGAGUGGCACUUGUGAAAAUGCUGUAUGAAUAUACAUGGGAUUAAAUAUGUUGCAUAGCGGGUAUUUCCACUCCAGUACUAAUCUAGGCAUUGGGCGGCGUUAAAUAUAG